GAAGAAGCUCAGCAGAGGGCGGCCGCUCCGCGUGUUGGCGGACUUUUUUUAAAGACUUUCCUCCAAUUGGUGGUGGAGGUUUAGGCGGGACUCGUGCCUCCAGGCGGAGCCAAGCUGAGGAAGGUGCCCUCCGCCAAUCAGGAGCCGCAGCGUCACUCGUCCUCAUUCGAUCCCACAGUUUAAGAGCGGCGGUUAUCGCUGUGCUUUACUAGUUUUUCGUAAACGAAGGCAUAGAAGUGAAAUGGCCCGAACCAAACAAACUGCUCGUAAGUCCACCGGAGGCAAAGCGCCUAGGAAGCAGCUGGCAACAAAGGCUGCCCGUAAGAGCGCGCCAGCCACUGGCGGCGUCAAGAAGCCUCAUCGCUACAGGCCCGGUACCGUGGCUCUCCGAGAGAUCCGUCGCUACCAGAAAUCCACCGAGCUGCUGAUCCGUAAACUGCCCUUCCAGCGCCUGGUCAGGGAGAUCGCCCAGGAUUUCAAGACCGACCUGCGCUUCCAGAGCUCUGCCGUCAUGGCUCUGCAGGAGGCCAGCGAGGCUUAUCUGGUCGGUCUGUUCGAGGACACCAACCUGUGCGCCAUCCACGCCAAGAGGGUCACCAUCAUGCCCAAAGACAUCCAGCUGGCCCGGCGCAUCCGCGGGGAGAGGGCUUAAACUGUCUGCUCCAUAACAAACACAAAGGCUCUUUUAAGAGCCACUACAUCAACUAAAGACUGUUACUGUACUCAACCUUCAUUAAUACAAGCACACUUUAUUAAAAUCUGCAAAACUACAUUAUAGACAUAGUCUGGUAAAA